CUCUUUAAACUUUCACAAACAGACGAAAUGCUUAUUUUUAUAAAAUCAAUAUCAUUUGUUUUUCUGACCGCAUUAAUAACAAUAUUUAUUAUUUAUAUUCACUUUGCAUAUAUAUUGGACAUAUAUUUUCAAUGGAUAUUCAACAAUAAUGUUCAGGAUAUGCAACAGUAUGAUUAUAUUGUUGUUGGUGCUGGUAGUGCUGGUGCAAUUUUAGCAGCACAUUUGGCAGAAGAUGAGCACAAAGUAUUAUUGUUAGAAGCAGGUGGUACCGCACCACCCUUUCUUAGCAUACCACUCUUAGCACCAGCGAUACAAAAAACUGUUUAUGAUUGGCAAUAUGUUACUGUACCUCAGAAAUAUGCAUGCAGAGGAUUAAUCAAUAAUCAAAGUAUAUGGCCCAGAGGUAAAGUUCUUGGAGGAUCAAGCCGCUUAAAUUACAUGGCUUAUGUACUAGGGCAUAAGUUGGACUAUGAAGAAUGGUUUCCAGACUUUCUGCAAACAGUUGCUGAGAACAAUGAUUCAGUAAGCACAAGUGAGUUGAGAUGGCAAUCUGAUUUUGCCAAUGUGAUUUUGGAAGCAAUAAAAGAAUUAAAUUACGAUAUCGGCAACAUGAAUAAAAAACUGACUACAGGUUUCAUGAAAGUUCAAUUAACAAUGGAAAAUGGUGAAAGAUGGAGUUCGGAAAAAAUACUACAUAAAAAAUGUAAAUAUUCUCCAGUUAUACUUACUCACACAUUCGCAACUAAAGUAUUAGUAAAUUUGAAUAAAGCUGAGGGAAUUGAAUUUGUUCGAUUUGGUAGCAAAUAUACUGCUGUAGCAAAGAAAGGAGUUAUCCUAAGUGCUGGUGUGAUUGAAAGUCCAAAAUUAUUAAUGUUAUCUGGUAUUGGACCAAGAAAGCAUUUAAAUGAUCUUAACAUUCAUGUGAUCAAUGAUUUGCCAGUUGGUCAAAAUUUGGUAGAUCAUAUAUUAACUGGUGUUGAUUUAGUCACUCUUAAUGUAAGCCUUGGAUUGAACCUUUUUCAAAUUUUGAAUCCUGUAUCAGCCUUAAAUUAUUUUCUUUUUGGGAGAGGUCAAUGGACAUCAACAGCAAUCGAAGUAUUAGGAACUUUCCAUAGCGUUGCAAACAAAAAUAAAUCUGCAAUACCAGAUUUGCAAUUAAUGGUGCUAUCUCUUGGUAUAUCAAACGAUAAUGGUAUUAUAUUUAAAAAAGCAAUGGGAUUUUCUGAUGAGGUCUAUAACAAAUACUUCACUCCAUUGUUGUAUGAAAAUACAAUAAUAAUAGCGCCUAUCUUAUUACAUCCUAAAAGUAGUGGGGAAUUACGAUUACGUAGUAAUAACCCUUUUGAUAAACCUCUCAUUGAUCCGCAAUAUUUAUCCAAUGAAGAUGACAUUGAAACUCUCGUAGAAGGUUUGUAUUUUGUAAAGGAUUUAUUGGAAACAAAUGCUUUAAGAGCUUACAGCGCGUCUCUUAAUAAAAAAUCUUUUCCCGGUUGUGAGAACGAAACAUUCGAUACUAGGGAAUAUUGGAGAUGUUAUAUACGACACUUAACAUUAACAGCUUAUCAUCCAGCUGGUACAUGUCGCAUGGGCGAUGUCGUUGAUACAUCAUUCAAAGUGCAUAAUAUGACAAAUUUAUAUGUUGUGGAUGCGUCGGUUCUACCAUUGCUACCAAGCGGUAAUAUCAAUGCAGCUGUAAUCGCGUUGGCGCAAAAGGCUUCUCGUAUAUUUAGAAAUGAAAAAAUAAAGGAGAAAGAAGUAUAAAGUAUAUAUUGUAUGUUUAUUUCUAUUUCUAAUAUAUUUGUAAUUUAUGCAAAAUAACUGAUAUAACUGGUAAAAAGGAAAAUUUAUAACAAAAUACUCUAUUAAUUGAUAACAAUGACCAUAAAUUAAUUAUCAAAGUAAUGAUUUAUAACAUUAUAUUGAUUAAUGUUAUAUUAAU